AUGCAGCUCGUCGAAUCCUCAAGAUCCAUUCGCAUCGUCGACCUCCAUGCGGAUAGCAACACCGCCGAGCCUCAACAACGCCCUGUGAAAGAAGCUGCCCCCGCCGCGCUGCAGCAUCGCUCAGCCAUGACCGCGAAACCCAACGGCCUUGAGAGCAGCAACUUUGUUCUCAAGAACAUCCUCAAGGCAAGACAGAAAGCUCAGGAACGCCCUGGGGAGGCCCCGAGUAUUAUCUAG